AUGCCCCCGCGUCCCCGUCUCCGGCUUCUCCUCCUCCUGGCCGCCGCCGCGCUCCCGCCGCCGGCCGCGUCCCAGCUCGGCGACUACGCCGCCCCUCCUCCCCCGCACCCACGCCCGCACCCGCUAAAAGCCGGGACCGCCGGAGGUGACGGCGGCGGCGGCAGCACCGUGCUCACCACCGCGCUCGUCUCCGUCGCGUCGCUGCUCAUCGUGCUCCUGCUCUACCUCUGCGUCGCCAUCGCCGUCCGCCGCUUCCGCUCCCGCCGCCCCUGCGCCGGCGGCCAGCCGGAGGACGCCCCGUCCCAAACCCAGUCCUCCCGCGCCGCCGCGUUCCUCCGCCGCCACGGGCUCCACCACAGCCGCCCCUCCUUCACCUACGAGCAGCUCCGCGCCGCCACCGCCGGCUUCGACGCCGCGCGGAAGCUCGGCGACGGCGGCUUCGGCACGGUCUACCUCGCCUACCUCCCGCCCGCCGCCCGCCCCGCCGCCGUCAAGCGGCUCCACAUCCCGCCCUCCCCGGGCCCGUCCUUCCCCUCCGCCGCCACCGCCAUCACCAAAUCCUUCUGCAACGAGGUGCUCAUCCUCUCCGCGCUCCGCCACCCGCACCUCGUCCGCCUCCACGGCUUCUGCGCCGACCCGCGCGCCCUGCUCCUCGUCUACGACUUCGUGCCCAACGGCACCCUCUCCCACCACCUCCACCGCGCCACCUCCACCACCCUCCCCGCGCGCCCGCCGCUCCCCUGGCGGACCCGCCUCGCCAUGGCGGCCCAGAUCGCGUCCGCGCUCGAGUACCUCCACUUCGCCGUCAAGCCCCGCGUCGUGCACCGCGACGUCACCUCCUCCAACAUCUUCGUCGAGGCCGACAUGCGCGCGCGCCUCGGCGACUUCGGCCUCUCGCGCCUCCUCGCGCCGCCCGACGCCUGCUCCACCGCCACCGGCCGCGAGGUCGUCGUCUGCUGCACCGCGCCGCAGGGCACGCCAGGGUACCUCGACCCGGACUACCACCGCUCCUUCCAGCUCACCGAGAAGAGCGACGUCUACAGCUUCGGCGUCGUCGUGCUCGAGCUCGUCACCGGGCUCAGGCCCGUCGACGUGCGCAGGGAGCGCAGGGACGUCACGCUCGCCGACUGGGUGGUCUCCAAGAUCCAGAUCGGCGAGCUCAGGGAGGUCGUCGACCCGCCCGUGCUCGAAGAGUGCCCUGCCGUCAUGCCCACCGUCGAGGCCGUCGCGGAGCUGGCGUUCCGGUGCGUCACGCCGGACAAGGAUGACCGGCCGGACGCCCGAGAGGUGCUGGCCGAGCUGAGGAGGAUCCAAGGCAUGCUUCCUCCUGAAUUGCCCACCCACAACCACAAGGGCUCUUAGACAUGGUUUCUGCAGAUCAGAUAAUUUGCGAUAGCACUGCACAAUCUCGUGCGUUUCUGAUGGCUGUGGCUGAAAAAAGAUUGGCAUCGUCCUUGCAUUUGUCGAAGACAAGUGCCUCAUGGUGGAUGAGACAUGUCGCAAUCCAAGGUGCGUAGACAGGUUGUAGAUACACUCAGCUUAAAUGUUACUGUGUUGGUUCUGUGAGCUGAUGAAGUAGUAUGAGCAAAGCUCUUCAAUAGCAUUGUGCUAACAGAGCAGGAGUCUUAACUAUGUGUUCUUGUAGUAAGCUGUUUAUCUGAGGAACUGAUGGUAUAAAACAUCCCAUUGGAUCUUUGUCAGAUCGCAACUAGUAGUAGCUUAUAUUUUCUGAUGACGGUGACUACCCUAUCAAAUAGUUCACUUGCUCAGGAAUAUAUUCAGUACAUUCGUUCUCUGCUCAUGCUAAUUUUCCAGGGAUUAUCCCCUUUCAUACCCCUAUGCUUUGUGGAGCUUCUGUGUGCAUCACUGUGUCCUCAUAUUCGCCUUUUCUCGUGGCUGAUUUCCAACAACAAUAUUCUGGUAAGAGCUGCAAUUUUUUUUGCUCUGAACCUGAGUCUGCAUCAAACUGUUUGUCGAGAGCAUUGUUGAUCAGAGUGUGUGUUCUGUGCUAGGUUUCUGGAUCAUCGUAUUAAAGACUGACUUGAAUUGAAAUGUGCAGUAGGCAAUCUUUGGCUGGGGAGUAGUUUUCUUUUCAUGCGCUGUAGAAGCUUUUUCAAGGAUAUGCAGUUGCCCAAGCUGGAUCGUAUAAUCGCAAUGUUGGGCAGGAAGCUGCAGGAGCUACGCACUCGGAGUCACCUUGUAGGAGCUGAACUGGGAAGGAAGGAACAGCUCAAGGUUGCUAAAAUGGUCUGAUCGUGGAAGACACCUCAUGCUGCUGAGCGUGAAUUCAGCGUGGUGCUAAGCCUGCCGCUGGGACGAUGUGGAUGUGGUUCCCAUGCCAACCUCCUGGCUAAAGGAUUGGCAUUAUCCUUGCAUUUGUCGAAGACAAUUACCUCAGGGUUGGAUGACCUGAUAAGUGAGAACACAUUGCAUACAUCUGCAGGAAGAAAGCAUCCACUUGUCGUUUUGCGAGACUUGAUCAAAGGUGCAUGGACAAGUUAUAGAUACAUGAGCUCAAUUGUGGAAGGAUGUUGGUUAUGUGAGCUGAUGAAGCAGUAGUACGAUCAAUGCUCUUCUAACUUAGUUUUUUUUAAAAGCUCCUCUGCCUUGUGUUUGGCUGCAACUUGUGAUCAUGGAACAGGAGUCGUAACUCUGCUCUUGCCAAAAUGAAUACCUGUAAGUGGUUUACCCAAGGAACUGAUGGUAUAAAGCAUCUCAUUAGGUC